UGUCUCCGUCUCCCCCACAAAACGUUGUCGAGCUCAACUGAGGCUGCGGUCCGAAAAGCCCGAAAACAAAACAAAUCCACCCAACUUUUCAACCUGUUAACUUUUUAUCAACCAAGAAUCAAGAAGUUGUGGAUGAUUGACAGGAAGAUUUCUCAAAAUUGAGAGACUGACCGAAUUUACAAACCUUUGCCUCAGAAAAAAACUGCAUAUCAACAAGGUGCACUUCUUCAGCACAAGAUGGAACACCAAAAUUCCAACCCUGAGAGUGCGGCAGACUCAAACACCUGCUUGGAGUUGGCACUGGAAGGCGAGCGUCUCUGCAAGGCAGGUGACUGCAGAGCCGGGGUAACGUUUUUCGAAGCGGCCAUCCAGGCCGGCACAGAUGAUCUUCGCACCCUGAGCGCCAUUUAUAGUCAACUGGGCAACGCUUACUUCUACCUGGGCGAUUAUGUCAAGGCCAUGACUUACCACAAGCACGACCUGACCCUUGCCAGGACAAUGGGUGACAAGUUAGGGGAGGCCAAAGCUAGUGGCAACCUGGGCAACACCCUGAAGGUCAUGGGCAAAUUCGACGAGGCCACAAUUUGUUGCAAACGCCACUUGGAAAUAUCAAGAGAACUCAAUGACAAGGUCGGUGAGGGUCGAGCUCUGUACAAUUUGGGCAACGUCUUCCAUGCCAAGGGCAAGCACAUUGGCCGUCUUGGUCAGCAAGACCCCGGGGAGUUUCCUGAAGAAGUCAAGCAUUGUUUACUAGAGGCUGUGUCUUACUACGAGGGUAAUUUGCAGCUGAUGAAAGAGUUGAACGACACUGCAGCACAAGGUCGUGCGUGUGGUAACCUUGGAAACACCCACUACCUGCUGGGAAAUUUCCACCAGUCGAUAAGCUAUCAUGAAGAGAGGCUGAAAAUUGCAAAAGAAUUUGGAGACAAAGCUGCAGAACGAAGAGCACACAGUAACCUGGGGAAUGCUCGCAUUUUCCUGUCCGAGUUCAUCGUUGCUGCAGAACAUUACAAGCAAACUUUAGCGUUGGCUCAUGACUUGGGAGACAGGGCCAUAGAGGCACAAGCAUGCUACAGUUUGGGGAACACUUACACUUUGCUGAGAGACUACCCUACCGCCAUUGAUUAUCACCAACGACAUCUGAGCAUAGCGCAAGAACUGAUGGACAAAAUGGGAGAGGGCCGUGCAUACUGGAGUUUGGGAAAUGCUCACUCAGCCCUCGGAAACCAUGAGAAGGCGCUUCAUUAUGCCAGCAAGCACUUGGAAAUAUCAAGACAGACUGGAGAUGAAAUGGGCCAGGCUACUGCUCAGAUGAACGUCUCUGAUCUGAGAAAGGUGCUAGGCUUGCCAAAUGUGCAGGACGAAGCUCAGAAUAGCCAGCGUGUCAGACGACAGAGCAUGGAACAGUUGGAUCUUAUCAAGAUGACUCCAGAUGCACGACAGCUUCAAAGGGGUCUGAGUUUACCAACAGCUAUCGAGGAUGCACAGGGCCCCUCUAAGGGACAAGGUGCUGAGGAGGAUGAUAGCUUCUUUGACCUGCUGUCUCAAUUCCAAUCCAAGAGAAUGGACGACCAACGGUGCACUCUGGGUGGCGCUGAAAACAAGGAAAAUAUCAAAAGAACCAAAAUUCCAAGCAGUACAAAUUUUGCCUCGAAAACUCCUGCACCAAACACUCCAAAUCCCAAGUCUAAAGAAAAGGGCACAGAUGAGCUUAUUGACUUGAUUGCCGGGAUGCAGAGCAAACGAAUGGAUGAACAACGGGUAGAGCUUCCUCAUUUACCUGGUCUUGUUCCUCCCCCGGGUCAAUCACUACCAGUUGCUGUCAGUUCCGAAGGUUCUGAAGAUUUCUUUGAGAUGUUGAUGAGAUGCCAGGGAGCAAGACUGGAAGAUCAGCGUAGUAUUCUCCCGAAGGAGAACAUUUCGACUUCCAACUUGACCGGGGACGAGGAACAGGAGCCUCAGCCGAGCCGUCAGCGUACAACGACUACUGUUCCUGAUGAAGACUUCUUCUCAUUAAUCAUGCGUCUGCAGUCCUCUGGCCGCAUGGAUGAUCAGCGGGCGUCAGUGCCAAAGAAAAAAUAGCAUUCUUCCGCGUUGUAACACAAAUCAAUACCACACUGGACGAAUUUUUUUGGCCUACACUCACUUCCAGGUUGAUGAAGUACACCUGUGCCAAAUUAUGUGCAUUGUUGUCUUGAUGUUAUAGAAAAAUCAUAAUAAUCUAAAUUUAUCUUAUACCUAUCAAUGAAUGUGAUGUGAAAGUGGUGCUUUUGUCAAAACUUGAAAGAAGAUACUUAUGAUAAGCAUCAAUCAGCCGUACUGUCCCUUUGCUGUAAAAUUAAGAAACUAUAUCUCACUUCAGGGAAAAUUUUUCAUUCCUAAUCUGGCUAUUUGAAGAUCUGAAUUGUCUAUUAAUAUAAAACGAUGAAAGACAUAAAAGGCACUGAUAAAUUUUAAAGAUCUUUGUGUAUGAUUAAAUUUACAAGGCAACAUGAGCAAAUUAAUUUCUUUUGAACAGUAUUUUUUUUUUAGCCAAGGUAUGAGGCAAUAACGACUUUUAUGUGAAAUACAAAAAAUAUUUCCCGUCUAUUUGGUGCAUUGCAGAUCAUUGCAGAUGUCAUCCAUUUUUCAAAAAAAGUUUUACUUUUAUAAAAAAAACCUAA